UUUUAAUUAUUAUUAUUAUUUUAGGCGAUAUGUAUUUUUUAUCACAUAUCUGGCAACCCUGCUCCUACUACAGUAUAGUGAAGGGAAGAUUAACGCUCACUGUAAAUCAGUGACAACGGGUAAAAUCAGGGGAUAAUACACCACCUGAAGGAAUUAUAUUACAUUAUAGUGUACAGACGGGUUUUUCUACAGUUUUAUCAUCAUCACGAGAAGUUUCAUUUUGCAUUUCCGCAGCAUUUAAGACGGACAGGAGGGUAAAUUGUUGACGAUGGGAAACGCCGCGGCCGCCAAGAAAGGCAACGAGCUGGAGAGUGUCAAAGAGUUCUUAGCCAAAGCCAAAGAAGAUUUCCUGAGGAAAUGGGAAUGUCCACCACAGAGCACAACUUGCCUAGACGACUUUGACAGACUGAAGACUCUGGGCACGGGCAGUUUCGGGAGAGUCAUGCUGGUAAAACACAAAGGAACAGAGCAGUUCUACGCCAUGAAAAUUUUGGACAAACAGAAGGUGGUGAAAUUGAAGCAAAUAGAACACACGCUAAACGAGAAGAAAAUAUUACAGGCGGUAUCGUUCCCCUUCCUCGUCAGACUGGAAUACGCCUUCAAGGACAAUUCCAACCUGUAUAUGGUGAUGGAGUACGUACCGGGCGGCGAGAUGUUCUCACAUCUAAGAAGAAUCGGGAGGUUCAGUGAACCACAUGCAAGGUUUUACGCAGCGCAGAUAGUCCUUACCUUUGAGUACCUCCACUCGUUAGACCUCAUCUACAGAGACCUGAAGCCCGAGAACCUUCUCAUCGAUCAGCAUGGAUACAUCCAGGUCACCGACUUUGGUUUCGCGAAACGAGUGAAGGGCCGAACCUGGACGUUGUGUGGAACCCCGGAGUACCUGGCGCCGGAGAUCAUCCUCAGCAAGGGCUACAACAAAGCAGUGGACUGGUGGGCCCUGGGAGUGCUCAUAUACGAAAUGGCUGCAGGUUACCCGCCGUUCUUCGCCGACCAGCCCAUUCAGAUCUACGAGAAGAUCGUGUCCGGAAAGGUACGAUUCCCGUCUCACUUCAGUUCAGACCUGAAGGACCUGCUAAGGAAUCUGCUUCAGGUCGACCUGACGAAACGGUACGGCAACCUCAAGAACGGCGUCACCGACAUCAAAAACCACAAAUGGUUUGCCACGACGGAUUGGAUCGCCAUCUACGAGAGAAAGGUAGAGGCUCCGUUUAUUCCGAAAUGCAGAGGCCCAGGAGACACGAGCAACUUCGACGACUAUGAAGAGGAAGACAUCCGUGUGUCUGUUACAGAAAAAUGUGCAAAGGAGUUUGCCGAGUUUUAGUCCGGACACAUCAGAGCUAUGUGUGUGUAUGUAUGUACGUAUGUGUAUAUAUACAUAUAUAUACACGUAUAUGUAUUUAUCUGUGUGUAUAUAUGUGUGUGUAUGUGUACAUAUAUACAUAUACGAGUGUGUGUGACUGUGUGGCAUGAAUGCGUGUGCGAGCGUGUGUAUAACCACACAGCAAACGAAAUAAGGGGAUCUUUGCACUCUAAAGACACGUGGACGGAGCAGAGCGGAGACCACAUCGCCACGUCCGAGUUACUGCGUAUGCUCCUUCGUUCCGUCUGGUUCAUCAAGAGGCCAACAAAGCCCUCGCGCUUUACAUGUUACAUCAGACUCUUCACUCUUCGCUCAUCAUAUAACCUUCCUUAUUUUUAAUAUCUCGUUUAAUAAAUGUCUUGGAUGUUGCGUCCCCCGUUGUUUUAAAGGUGAAAGAGGUUUUCAGCAGUGUUCAGGACUAGGACUUCAAACUCCAAUCGUGCCGGUUUGUCUGGUAGCCCUGCCAUAUGGCUGGAUUUCUGACCGUAGCCCUUCUGUUGUUCCAUCACAGGACCUCUGCCGGAUGUUUGGGUGUGUCUUUAGAAAAUAGACCACGAGAAUAGUGUUCAAAAACACUCCAAGAGCAAAAUCCGCCACCAGGGGGCCUCACAAGAAUUUUAUAUACUUUGAUUUGACGUACACUCGCAACAACGAGCCAAGAUUGCAGCGACGUUUGAAUUGAGAUUCAAUUCAAUUGAACACACGCACGUUUGAAGUAUACCCCAAGGGUAUUUAAGGCAAACAAAUUAGUGACGAGUAGGACUAGACUUGUUGGCAGCGGAGGAAUCCUUGUCCACACUGUUGCUGUCGAGUUCUACUUGUUUGCACUUUCAUCUGAAUUAUUAUUUUCCUAAUAAUAAUAACUUUUGAGGCAGGAUGGAGCUGAUGGAGUAGUUUAGUUUAAGAGUCUUGUUCGUGAGUUCAGCAGUGAGCAGGUUGGUAAUCCUGGGAUUUGAAUUCAUGACCUUCUGAGCGGUAGAACCAAAGCCUUAAACACUGAGCAAUGACUUUAUAUCAAAGCAUGUUAUCAUUUAGGGCGGUAAAAGGUUCAGAGCGCGCCCUGCACACUACCAUGUGAGCGUCACUGCUGUGCCUCGACAAGAACAGACACUCGAAUAAUAUCCAAGCUCCUCUGGUGGUCAUGGUCACUGAUUGGGUAAUGGAUGGAUGGAUGGACAUCAACAGAUGGGCUGCAGUCAGAGAUUUAUAAUUAAUACUAAAUCAAUAGCCUGAGUUUAGCGUUUAGAGCUACAUGGUUGGAGAGCGUGAUAAACCGGCACGUCGCUCUGGCUCGAUGCCAGCGGUGAUGUCCACAGUGUCAUGUAGCUACGAUUUUGAAGGAUACAUGUUGCGUAUUGUCUGUUACAUGCUUUGUGUAAUUAUAUAUAUUUUUUUCUCUUCAUUUUUGACUAACGGCAGCAGUUAUCUUACCUCAGACUCAACCUCUGACCACUUGUUUUUUUUUGUUUUGUUUUGUUUUCUUUCCUCGUCAGCUCGCAGAGGUGCCGCUUCUUUGUCGUGCGUAUCUAAUGAUUUUUUUGAAAGGGUUUUUACUUCAGCCAGUGUUGAAAGCAUGACCAAAAAACGACUGAGCUGUGGGUGCUGGAACAAAGAAAAUCCAAACCUAACAGAGUUGGCUUGUUUUUACUGUUGCAUAAUGUAUGUAUUAUUUUACAGCUUUGAUGUAUAUCCGUCGGUGAAGAGGUUCUAUCUUAAAAUGCCCUGGUACAUCUUUUCAAAUUUGGCUCAGAACACUCAAAGUACUGUAUCUUUUCAUUCAAUGAUCUGUAGCAGAUACCGUUUGCUGUGAAUGUGGAACUGAUGGUGUUCCUGGUUUUUGUGGAAACCAACCGAGACUCGCCAGAUACACAUGAAAUCUUUUUUUUUCUUUGUCUUUUUUUUUUUUUUUUAAAACCCUCCAACACUUCAUGCUCCAUGUCUCUUUCGAUCCUUGUUUCUUUCAUUGUAAUGACUGAAUUUAGAGUUGCAACUCCUAGGUAUGGAUGUUGUUUGCAAUGCUUGAUUUCCAAGGUACAUUCUCACAGACACACAUACUUCAAAAAUUAUUUAAAACAAAAACAAGAAGAAAAAAAAAAAAAAAAACCAGACUGGGGUUUGUUAGCCUCGGCUCCUUUGUAUCACAGAAUUCAGUUAUUGUUCUGCUCAUAAUGCAUAUAUGCAUUGUUUCUUAUAUAUGUUUUUAUUUAUACACAUUAGAGAUGCUAAUAAAUUUUAUUUUUAAAAUUG